UAAUGUAAAUAUGUAUAGUUGUGUAAAUACUAAGUAUUAGCUUGAAUUAGCCCAGUGCAUGGAGGAAACUACAAAUACUUUUAAACUGUGUGAAAAUGUGAUCUGCCAAUUAUAUAAGAACUGAACGUUGAAGUUGUUCCCAGAGGUUUCAGUCAUGUUUGUUUCCAAGACUGGCAUCAAGGUGGAUGACAUACCCAUCUUGACAAAGCAUGAUAUAAGAAGCAAAGUUUGGGGAUAUAUUGAAGAACAUGACUUGGCCAAUUUCCCUCGUCCAGUUGACCACCGUAUCCCCAAUUUCAAGGGUGCAGGUGAGGCAGGGCAGCGUGUUCGUGACCUGCAGUGCUUCACGGCCGCUAAGACAGUCAAAGUCAAUCCAGACAAGCCUCAGGAAGAAGUGAGGUUUUUUGUCAUAGAGGCAGGUAAAACACUGCUGAUGCCCACACCACGCCUCCGCAGUGGACUUUUUAACCGCAUUGAUGGCAAUCCAUCAGAAAGCAAGGAGACCUUAAGAACCAUGGCAAGCACAGAGGGAAUGAAGAAGUACUCAAAACCUGUGGAUCUUGAGGCAAACAUUAAGGUUGAUCUCAUUGUAAUUGGCUCUGUGGCAGUGUCCCGCACAGGUCGAAGAAUUGGUAAAGGUGAAGGAUUUGCUGACCUUGAAUAUGGCAUGAUGAAAGCCAUGAAGGCAGUUGAUGACAACACUCUUGUUGUCACCACAGUGCAUGACUGUCAGCUGUUUGAUACCCUGCCCGACCGGCUCUUCGGCCCACAUGAUGUGCCAGUGGACUUCAUUGUAACCCCAACAGAAGUGUUCGAGGUUUCACAUCGUUUGCCUAAGCCAGAGGGAAUAUACUGGCACCUUUUGUCUCCAGAGAAGUUAAAACAGGUUCCAAUCUUGAAAACACUUCGAGAGAAGGAGCGAGAAGCUGGAAAAGAUGUGACUCUCGCAGAACUAACUGAGGAACAAAAGGCAGCCAAUAGUCGUGGGCGUGGUGGGGGCCAAGGAACGACUUUGUCAGAGGGGGAUGACAAUAAAGGCCAGAAGAACAUUCAAGAUGGAUCUGUUACAAUCAAUGUCAGCAAGAAGAACCGAAUAGUGAAGAGAACAGUGGAAGCGACGAAUGAGCAGGACCGCCUUGGUUCAGCUGACCUGGACAAUGAGAACCAGGGGGGAAAGGGUCUCAAGACUAGAAAGCCUCGGAAUCCAUUCACAUAUGCAGUGUUCCUUGGUAAAGUUCCUCCAGCCUGUAGAGUGCGUGAGCUCAAGGAAGCCCUGCAAGGUCGAGAUGUCAGGCCCAUUGACAUCACUUGGCGUGGGAGGAAUGGAUUUGCCUUUCUGCGAUUCACGGGCCCUGUAGAAGAAUGCGAUGACGUCCUCACAAAGCUGGAGGGCCUCACACUACAAGAGCAACCUUUGCUGAUCCAGCGUGCCAAGGAUAAGAUGGUGAUGAAGGACAACGAAAAUACAGGAACGAAGGAAAUCAUUGAGGGGGAAGGCCAGAAUCGUAAACGUCAACAGCCUAAGAAGCCACGUAUUGUGUACACCUAUGGCAUUUUCCUUGGCAAGGUUCCAUCAACAUGCAGAGUGCGUGAGCUCAAGGAUGCUCUCCAGAACCGAAAUGUUCAGCCAAUGGACAUCACAUGGCGAGGCAGAAGUGGAUUUGCCUUCCUACGUUUCACUGGCCCUGUUGAAGAGUGUGAUGACAUUCUCACAAAACUGGAGGGCCUCACCCUCCAGGAGCAGCCUGUUCUGGUGGAGAAGGCAAAAGACAAGGGCGAUGAGCAGCACCUCUCUGAGCCUCAGCAGCAGGAGCUGGAGGAAAAGCAGGAGGUACCAGUUGUAGAGGGGGAGGCUAGGUGAAACCCCAGUGUUUCUUAAAGAAUGGGAUAGGGCAUUAAUGUUCUUAUUUUUUCUCUUGCUAAUUUGUUUUGAAAUAUCCUGUUCUCUGUUGAUUUGGAUUUUUUUCUCUUUCCUAAUUAAUGCUUCUCUACAUCUUGGACUAGAUAGUCUGUUGCAUUUCAUGAAGAAUAAUAUAUGCCAUAGUAUCACAUACUAUAAGGACCAUUAUCAUGGAGUUUUAUGUUUAUUUACUUCUAUGAUGAAUAUCAGCUGGCACGACACCAGUGAGUAAGAAAAAUAUUAAUUAGUCAGCAAGAGUAACAUGUGGUAUGUAGCUCAUCCUUAGUCACUAUAGUCUUAACUAUAAAAAGAAAAUAAAAGUUUUUUAAUUUGUCUUUUUGAUAAAAGUGAUUUCUAUUUAUAGAAAGUAGUACAUAUUUAUGAUUUUGAUUAUUUUUUAGGCUAAUUAUCUAUGCCAAGAAUUAGUUUAGUGAUUUUUGUAAAUCUUCAUAGACAGGUAACUUAUCAGGAAACACUGGCAGUUCAGAGCUUAACAUUUUAGAAAAUUUUGUUGCUUUUCUUCAACAAAAGUUGGAGAUAUAAAGUGUCAUGAAGAAAUUUAUCAUUUUUAUUUUGAUGUUUAUUUUUGUAUGUGAUCACCUGACCAUAUACUCGUACGUUACCUGUCAUUGCUUUAAGGGCAAUGAAAUUAUCCAGAUAAGAGAUGCAGAUUUAUGAUUUUGGAUUGACUAAAAACUUGAUCAGUGUUAGAAAUGAGAAGAUUGCAGUUCAUAUAUUUCACACACAAGAUAUGAAUCAAUUCCUUCAAGGAAUUUGUCAGAACUAGUCACGUUUGUGCAUUUUAUUGUUCAAGGUUGCACCAGUUUCAUGUAUUCGGUGAUUUGAUUGGAAGCACUUAAGAAUAUGUAUGAACAGGGUUUUGAUCUAUUUCAAUGUUGCAUAUGCUCUCUUCUGAAGUUAAAUAGCCAGUAAAUGUGUUUCUUUGCAAGGUCUUUCCAUUAUAUAACUGAUGUCCUUAGUGCAUCCUAACACUUCUAAGGAAUGGUAAAAGAAAGUUAAUUUUUUUAUAGGUUUGAAAGUGACAAACAAUAUGGCUGGAUAAUCAUUGGUCGUGUUAGGUGGUCACACUGUAUCAAGGAUUUUGUUAGCUUAAAUGUAAAAAUUUUUAUAUCAAGCAUUGUUGUUAAUUGAUUAGAGGUGAUACAAUAGAGUGCCUGAGUAAUCUACUCUUGUAACAGUGGUAUGCAAAUACCAUUUUGUCUACAUAUGAUUGUAGCUUUUAUAACAUAAGGAAUUUGGAAUUUCAUUUAUUUUACAUCAACCAAUGUUGUAGGAAAAAUAAAAUUAUUGUAAUACAAUUUUUGUUGAUAAAAGUAGCCUAGCAUCACUUUAAAAGAUGUUACA